AUGCACAGGUCAACCCAACGCCUCUUGCCGAAAAUAAAACUAGUUUUUGAAAAGUUCGACUUGUACACCAGUCUAUACACCAUUUAUUCACCAAGACAUACUUUUACUCGUUUCCGCCAUUGUGCUUCGUCCUCUUUCUAUACAUUACUUCAUACUUUUUCUUAUUAUUUUCCUUUGUUCUUUUCUUCAACUACAUUUUCUUAUUUUUCUCUCUGUCUUUGUCCUCUUGACCAUCUUUAUCACCACAGAUUGUUUUAUUUGCGUUUUCUUUGGGUUUUUUUCUUCCUCCCUCUCUCUAUCGAUUUUGUUAUCAUCUUUUUUCCGUCUUUCCCCACCACUGUCCCCAUCGUCGAUUUAUAUUUCUUCGUAACUUUUUCCCUCUUUCGUGUUCUUCUUCUUUCUUUCUUUCUUUCUUUCUUUCUUUCUUUCUUUCUUUCUUUCUUCUUCUUCUUCUUCCUUUUCUUCUUCUUCUUUCUUACUUCUUCUUCUUCUUCUUCUUCUUCUUCUUCUUCUUCUUCUUCUUCUUCUUCUUAUUAUUAUUAUUAUUAUUAUUAUCUGCCUUAUCCAUUUCGCUCUCGAUUUUCCCCCCUCUGA